GGGACGGCCCGUUUUCCGCCAGCUCGCCGCUCGCUAUGGCGUCGCUCACCGUGAAGGCCUACCUUCUGGGCAAGGAGGACGCGGCGCGCGAGAUUCGUCGCUUCAGCUUCUGCUUCAGCCCCGAGCCUGAGGCGGAAGCCGAGGCUGCGGCGGGUCCGGGACCCUGCGAGCGGCUGCUGAGCCGGGUGGCCGCCCUGUUCCCCGCGCUGCGGCCCGGAGGCUUCCAGGCGCACUACCGCGGUGAGCGGGCCGGGGAGCGGCGGGGGCGGUGACGCAGGCCGGACACGGCCUCCUGCCGUGGGGUGGCUGCCCCCUCUCUUCUCGGCGACGCCUGGCGGGCCGUGAGGGGGUCUGCGCUGGCUGCUCCCUGGAUGGCGGUGGCCUGCAUGGGUCCCCAGUUCGGCCAUGGGAGCCGGCCUGGUGACUGGCGUGGUGACCAAGGCCGGGACCCGCUGCUCAGCGUUGGCCCCCCGGGGCGGUGGAGCCCUGCCGGCCGGGGGCUCGAGCCUGGGGGCGUCAGACGUCCUCCCCCCGCCCCCCGCGCUGUUGGGGAUUUUGGCAAGGACGCGCCGGGGCGAACGCUCUGGCUCUCCGCGGGAACUGGGUGGUCAGAUGAGGACGGGGACUUGGUUGCCUUUUCCAGUGACGAGGAAUUGACAAUGGCCAUGUCCUACGUGAAGGAUGACAUCUUCCGAAUCUACAUUAAAGAGAAAAAAGAGUGCCGGCGGGACCACCGCCCACCGUGUGCUCAGGAGGCGCCCCGCAACAUGGUGCACCCCAAUGUGAUCUGUGAUGGCUGCAAUGGGCCUGUGGUAGGAACCCGCUACAAGUGCAGCGUCUGCCCAGACUACGACUUGUGUAGCGUCUGCGAGGGAAAGGGCUUGCACCGGGGGCACAGCAAGCUCGCGUUCCCCAGCCCCUUCGGGCACCUGUCUGAGGGCUUCUCGCACAGCCGCUGGCUCCGGAAGGUGAAACACGGACACUUCGGGUGGCCAGGAUGGGAAAUGGGUCCACCAGGAAACUGGAGCCCACGUCCUCCUCGUGCAGGGGAGGCCCGCCCUGGCCCCACGGCAGAAUCAGCUGCUGGUCCAUCGGAGGAUCCCAGUGUGAACUUCCUGAAGAACGUUGGGGAGAGUGUGGCAGCUGCCCUUAGCCCUCUGGGCAUUGAAGUUGAUAUCGAUGUGGAGCACGGAGGGAAAAGAAGCCGCCUGACCCCCGUCUCUCCAGAGAGUUCCAGCACAGAGGAGAAGAGCAGCUCACAGCCAAGCAGCUGCUGCUCUGACCCCAGCAAGCCGGGUGGGAAUGUUGAGGGCGCCACGCAGUCUCUGGCAGAGCAGAUGAGAAAGAUCGCCUUGGAGUCCGAGGGGCGCCCUGAGGAACAGAUGGAGUCGGAUAACUGUUCAGGAGGAGAUGAUGACUGGACCCAUCUGUCUUCAAAAGAAGUGGACCCGUCUACAGGUGAACUCCAGUCCCUACAGAUGCCAGAAUCCGAAGGGCCAAGCUCUCUGGACCCCUCCCAGGAGGGACCCACAGGGCUGAAGGAAGCUGCCUUGUACCCGCAUCUCCCGCCAGAGGCUGACCCGCGGCUGAUUGAGUCCCUCUCCCAGAUGCUGUCCAUGGGCUUCUCUGAUGAAGGCGGCUGGCUCACCAGGCUCCUGCAGACCAAGAACUAUGACAUCGGGGCGGCUCUGGACACCAUCCAGUAUUCAAAGCAUCCCCCGCCGUUGUGACCGCUUUUGCCCACCUCUUCUGCGUCCCCCUCUUCUGUCUCGUAGUUGUGUUAAGCUCGCGUAGAAUUGCAGGUCUCUGUACGGGCCAGUUUCUCUGCCUUCUUCCAGGAUCAGGGGUUAGGGUGCAAGAAGCCAUUUAGGGCAGCAAAACAAGUGACAUGAAGGGAGGGUCCCUGUGUGUGUGUGUGUGUGCUGAUGUUUCCUGGGUGCCCUGGCUCCUUGCAGCAGGGCUGGGCCUGCGAGACCCAAGGCUCACUGCAGCGCGCUCCUGGCCCCUCCCUGCAGGGGCUACAUUAGCAGCCCAGCACAUAGCUUGUCUAAUGGCUUUCACUUUCUCUCUUGUUUUAAAUGACUCAUAGGUCCCUGACAUUUAGUUGAUGAUUUUCUGCUAGAGACCUGGUACACUCUGAUUUUAGAUAAAGUAAGCCUAGGUGUUGUCAGCAGGCAGGCUGGGGAGGCCAGUGUUGUGGGCUUCCUGCUGGGACUGAGAAGGCUCACGAAGGGCAUCCGCAAUGUUUGUUGGUUUCACUGAGAGCUGCCUCCUGGUCUCUUCACCACUGUAGUUCUCUCAUUUCCAAACCAUCAGCUGCUUUUAAAAUAAGAUCUCUUUGUAGCCAUCCUGUUAAAUUUGUAAACAAUCUAAUUAAAUGGCAUCAGCACUUUAACCAA